AUGGCGACUACCCUUGAAUACCACGAGAGCGGACUCCCGAAGAACCGCCGCUUCAUCACUGACCACGACACGUCUGGCAAAGCCAUCUUCAACACAACCAUCGACGAGGCACAGCCGCGUGAAUCGAUAGGCAACGGGGCGACCUUCUCACUGAAUUACACAACCAGCCAAUACCCGGUAUCAUUCAAGGACAACGCCGACAUCGAGAACUAUCAGUCGUACCUGAACAAGAAGCCAGGCUUGGUUGUGCCGGGCGGCUCUGUACUGCGCGUCGUGGAUGUUCCGCCAAGCUCUCUAUCGCCCAUGCACCGCACUGUCAGCCUUGAUUAUGGAGUGGUCCUUGAGGGCACGAUGUGGCUAGAGCUGGAUUCCGGUGAGAGGAGAAUGAUGCACCGUGGGGACAUCAGCAUUCAGCGAGGCACGAUCCACGCCUGGAGGAAUGCUAGCGACAAAGAUUGGGCGAGGAUGCUGUAUGUCUUGCUGGAAUCGGAAGCUGUCGAAAUCGACGGUCGCAAGCUGGGCGAGGACUAUGGGAAUAACAUGCCGGAUAACGUCAGAGCGUCAAGUUGA